AAGAGCACGAACAGCAAAAUACCUUUCUAAACAACAAAAAUCAUCGCAGUCCUUUACUAAACCCGCAUCAUCAUAAUCUGGCUUCUUAUCCUCAACAUCCAAUCAUGGCGCCAAACCUCCACCUCUACCACACCCCAGGCUCCUGCUCCCUGGCCUCGCACAUCGCUCUAAACAGUGCUUUACUUUCUUUCAACGCAACAGAUCUCCAUGCAACGCGGGGCUUCCCAGCAUCGCAGCUACAUCUCAACCCCAAAGGCCGGGUCCCGAUUCUGGAAAUCGAUGGUGAACUCAUCACCGAAACACCGGCUAUCCUUGCCACCAUCUCUUCUUUGGCUCCAGAGAAGAAUUUACUUGGAAAGGGAGCGAUGGAUCAGGCAAGAGCGUAUGAGUGGAUGGCGUGGUUAUCGGGGACAAUGCAUGGGCAGGCUUUUGGAUGCUUGUUCCGACCUGCGCGCUUUAUCAAAGAUGAAGCGAUGCAUGAAGCUCUGCGCGAAUCAGGUAGGAACCAGGUCAAGGAGUGCUUUGAAUACGUCGAGAAGAAGUUGGAGGCCAAAAACUGGGCUGUCGGGGAUGCCUUUACCGUGGUCGAUGCGUAUCUAUUGGUAUUUUAUAGAUGGGGUAAUAUGUUGAAGAUGGAGAUGCGGGACAAGUAUCCAAACUAUACCAGGCUCGUGGAUGCUGUCAUAGAAAGGGAAGAUGUGACAAGGACCAUUGUGAGCGAAGGCAUAAGCGCGCUGAACGAGUGAGCAGGUCAAGUGAGGGUGUCAAGAUGGUGUGGAGGUGGCACCAAGAAUGUGAUGACGUGCACACAAAGUUUAUUUCUCGGAGUAAGAUGUGAAAUGCUUUGUUUGAAAUUACCGUCUAUCUAAUUGGAAAAGUACAUGAAAAAUAACCACUACAUGAAACGAGUGCUCCCUUAGACAUGUGUUUAGUCAUAAACGCAAUACAGCAUGGUGAUCAGUAAAAGUCCAACGAGAAGUCAUUCCAUUAUCGAGGGCACGGUACUUUAUCGAAUCCUCACAAUUCCUCAUCGUCAUCAUCACUGAGUGUAAAUUCGCUGUCAUAGAUGGCAUCAGAGUCUGCAUUAGACCCUGAUCCGACGUACAUCUCAUCUGGAUCGUACAUGCUGUGCACAAAACGGUUGAUCGCGUUGCGACUUGAAGUCUUUGAAAUGUUGACAGGCUCGACAUCAAACUUUGCGUGACCCGGC